ACUAACAGUAACACUAUUAUCUUUAUUAUUACUUUAACAGAAUUUGUUUUAUUUUAUUUUAUUUGUUGUUGAAAUAAAAGAAAUUAAAGAAAUAUGAAUGACUCUUUCCUAGAAGAUUUGGAAUUAGUAUCUACUGAUGUUAAAACUGUAAAUGCUUAUUCAGUAGAUCGUCACAUAACAACAAGGAAUGCAACAUCUUCUCCCUUGCAACAAUUGCGGCCAAAUAGGGGAGAGAAUGUGCAAUCUGAAAAACAACCUAAGAAAGAAUUAAAUACAAGAGACAUAAAAAAAUUGUCUGAACAUGAUACAAAGAAACAACAAAUAAGAGUGAAAACAUCUGAAAGAAAAGAUAAACCCAUUGAAUCAAAAUUGAAACCCAUUGAGAAUAAAGUGAAAAGUGAUGGAAAAGAACAAGAUGUUCAAGAUGAGAGUAAAACAAAGAAUAAAGAAUCAAGAACAAGAAUUUCUGAAAGCAAGAUAAUAAUGAAAGAUAAAGUACGCCGUUCUGGAAGUAGUAAGGAAAAUGUCCAAACCUCAGAUGUAUUUGCCAAGGAAAAUAAUAGGCCUCCAGAUUAUUCAAAAGAAGGAACUUCCCAAGUGGAAGAAAAAACUAAAGAAAAAACAAAAACUCAUGAUGUUAGAAAAGUAGAAUCAAGAGAAAUUGAUCCUGUUGCACUCCUUAAUGCCAUUAAGGAUAUUGUGAGUAUAUGCACAAAACAGGAAAGCACAAAAAUUUUAAAAGCAAUGCAAGAAUUGCAUAUUAACUCUCAAGCAAAUCUGAUUAAACAUUUAUUGUGUCAAACGGAUGACAUAAUUAAUGAAAUGCAUCCUAGUAAAGAGUCAAAUAGAGUGAAAAGUUUAAUUGCACAAAAUGAAAGAUUACAAGAGGAUAUUGUUAUGUUACAAAAAAGAAAUGAAGAACUUAACAAGAAGAUGGAAGAAUUUGAAUUCUUAAAACAAGAGAAUAUUGCAUUGAAAUUGAAAUGUAAGGAAUUGUCUAAACAAUAGCAAAAAUGUACACUUUUCUGAUUCUGUACAUUCAGAAUUUGUCCAUGAAAAGUAUCAUUCCAUUGUUAUUGUUAUGCUCUGAUUAUCAAAUAUUAUUAAUAUAUUAUUAAUUAUUAAUUAUUGAUACUAUAUGAAAUGAACAGAUUUGCAAAAUUCUCGAAAUAAAAAAAAAAUAAUAAGUAAUAUAUAUAUA